AUGUCUGUGGUGGAAGAGAAGAGAAGAGAAAAGAAAAGAAAAGAAAGAUGGAGUCGUGUGAAAUCGAAUCGCAGGCAACGUGGCAACCACGAAGAACCCGAAUUUUCAAACCAAAGCAUAAUGAAUGCUAUGGAAAAGUUUGUUAGCACGGUGCAAGAAAUGGACGAAACCAUUUUGGUGCCCUGCCGGUUGAUGGACUUGAAAAUCGGGGACGCAUCCGAUACGACACCCAUCGGAGAUGCAAAAACGGAAGUACAAAACAUGAUGAAACACGCGGAUUUGUAUUCCCUCUACACGAUGAUCAACACGGUGAAAAACGAAUUGCUUUGGGGUCACAAUAAUUCGCCGUCGUCGGAUGAACCCAUCGGACCUUUUUUCGUGCCUGGCGUCGUCGUCGGAUCGAAUUACCUUCAAUCAUCGGGAGCAUCAUCCAUGCCUUCAACUCACACGACAUCAAAUUCUUCAACGACGACCGCAAAUUUUUCUAGCCUACCAAAUACAAAAACGCACAGUAGGAAUUCAUCCGCGUCAAACAUCAAACCGGAGAAAAGUGGAAACAGCAGUAGCAACAGCAGCAGCAGCAAUCAUCAGAGGAGACCAUCCACGGGUUCUCUCGUUUCGACUCAUUCCAUGACGAGCAUGAGUUUGUCGGACACGGAUUCGGAAACCGGAAACGAAAACGAUUCCGGUAUCGAAGAUGGUAACGCCGUCGAUCCGACCGUUAAAAUCGCCCUAAAUUUUCGCAGGCACCUCACGGGUUUGCACAAAUCCCUAGAGCAGAUGACCCAAGCGGCGAGUUACCUGACACAAAGGUAUCAGCACGACGUGGGAGGAAACGUCUGA